CGCACGCGGCGGCACGAGCGGGGCUAGCGCGGGACUGCGGGGCGCGAGCGCAGCGCGGGACCCCCCGGGCCGCAGCCAGAAUGCCGGGACUCAGCUGUAGGUUCUACCAGCAUAAAUUCCCCGAGGUGGAGGACGUGGUGAUGGUCAACGUGCGCUCCAUUGCUGAGAUGGGCGCCUAUGUCAGCCUGCUGGAGUACAACAACAUCGAGGGCAUGAUCCUGCUCAGCGAGCUGUCGCGGCGGCGCAUCCGCUCCAUCAACAAGCUCAUCCGCAUCGGCAGGAACGAGUGCGUCGUCGUCAUUAGGGUCGACAAGGAGAAAGGUUAUAUUGAUUUGUCAAAAAGAAGAGUUUCUCCAGAGGAGGCAAUCAAAUGUGAAGACAAAUUCACAAAAUCAAAGACUGUUUACAGCAUCCUUCGCCAUGUUGCUGAAGUCUUGGAGUACACCAAGGAUGAGCAGCUGGAGAGCCUGUUCCAGAGAACUGCCUGGGUGUUUGAUGACAAGUACAAAAGACCUGGAUAUGGUGCUUAUGAUGCAUUCAAGCAUGCAGUCUCAGACCCUGCAAUCCUGGAUAGCCUGGAUCUGACAGAGGAGGAGAGGCGUGUGCUGAUUGACAACAUUAACAGACGUCUCACACCACAGGCAGUCAAAAUCCGAGCGGAUAUUGAGGUGGCUUGUUAUGGUUAUGAAGGCAUAGAUGCAGUAAAAGAAGCUUUGAGAGCAGGCUUGAACUGUUCCACGGAGAACAUGCCCAUCAAAAUUAAUCUGAUAGCCCCUCCUCGUUAUGUGAUGACUACUACUACACUGGAGAGAACUGAAGGACUGUCUGUUCUGAAUCAAGCCAUGGCUGUAAUUAAGGAAAAAAUUGAGGAGAAGAGAGGAGUCUUUAAUGUGCAGAUGGAGCCUAAGGUGGUCACUGACACAGACGAGACUGAGCUUGCAAGGCAGUUGGAAAGACUGGAGAGGGAAAAUGCUGAAGUGGACGGGGAUGAUGAUGCCGAGGAAAUGGAAGCCAAAACAGAAGACUAAAUGUUCUGGCAUACUUAGAAGAGAGACCGUAUGAAAAAAUUAGAAACCCCAUGCAAACACUCUGGACUAAAUUAUUCCAGUAUUGAAAACUUCAAAAGCAAAUAUAUGAAGUGUUUUCCUCUUUUAAAAAGACCAAAAUGUAAAAGGCUCUUCUAAAUAACAUUUGGUGCAGCAACUUACACAAAUUGAUCCCUUUGAAAGGAAGGUGCUUAGUCAAAUUCAAGACCCAGAUGUAGCCAGACGGAGUUUGCAGCCCCAUACUUAACAUUUUCAUACAUAACAAUUCCUAAUUGGUGGUUACAGCUCAGUGCAUCUGUUCAUGAUCUUUCCUGGGAGCAGCAAAACCAAGCAAGUGGAACAGUUCUAUCCAGAAUGUAUUUGAGCAAGUAUUCAAUAAAUUUCUGGGCUAUCUAACUCCAA